AUGUAUCUUGCCACAAGCCCAAAUGGACAACAAUACAUCUCUACUAGCUCUCUGGACAACUGCAAAACCUAUGCAUCAAAGAAGAUGGUUUGCACCAAUCUCGUCGUCUACGAUUCCAUCACACGUCCCAUCUGCGAACUUCAGAUACUACACAUCAUCUCGACAUCGCUGCCUAAAACCUGCGUAACUACAACGUUCACUGCAUCCAUAAAUACAUUCCAGAACAUCGACAACAAUAAAUGGCUCUACAUCGUUACGAAUGAAACACAAUGUGUCUUACAAUGUUCAAAUGAAGUGUCACAAUACAAAUUACAAGGAGUCGGACUUCUGACCCUACCAAAGAAUUGCAAACUAUUUACUGGAUACAGCACUCUCACCGCAUUUCAGACUUCUGAAGAAAAUGUAACUUACCCGAUUAUAAUGCCCGAUAUAAGAAUGGAGGAUUGUUUCGAAUACACAAGCAACAUUAAAGCUCCAGAUCUAAUCCCCAUCGCGUUUAAUGAAUUACCUCUGGAUUCGUUAAAACAAAUUCGUCAUCAACUGGAUUUACACAAAGAGGAAAUAAAGAAGCUGACAACGAAACCUUUUAUUGAAAAACAUCAUCACACAUUUUUCUUUAUCCAAUUCACGAUUGGCAUGAUUCUUCUUACAUAUUUGAUCUACAAAUGCUGCCAUUACUAUCCUAAUGGAUUGAAUCGAAGACGCUGCUCUUUUACUCGUGAAAACAGUUGUGUUCAGAUAUUUAACAAUUGUUUUGAUAACUUUUCAAGACGCCGUACAACUCAAGUUGCCAUCCCUAUGCGAGAAAUUCAGACGACUUCGUGCAUCUCGGACGACGAAGAAGAAACCAACUCACCUUCAUCGCCUUCUCAAACCCAAAGAUCCGGCAUUAACGCCCGAUCUUUAUUCUAA